UGAAGUGUCUUUCUUCCUUUCUGGCAUUUUCAAUGAUAGCUUCAUGGAUUGCUUUUACUGGAAAAAUACUCAAUUGGGUUUGGUCAUUCUGUUAGUUAUAUAAUCAUCUAACACCAUCUUUUUCAUUGUCUUUAACUCUGUUUCUUAUUUUUCUCUUGACAAUCUAAGCUGUUUUGGGCAGGCCCUUUGUAGUUUCAACAUUUGUGGUACUCUUUCAUAUGUGUGUGUGUGUUCUUUCUCUGUAUCCAGGAAUGGUAAGAUAGGAGGAUGAGAAUGUUCUGCGUGUCUGAGGCAGAAAACUAGAGCUUGGAAGAGAAAGAGUAACUCUGAAUUUAUAAUGCCAGUUCCGCUUGCCCCAUAUCCGACACCUCCAGCACCAUAUACACCACCUGCUGUAAAUGGUGCACAGAGCCAGCUUGUGUGCUCUGGAUGUCGAAACCUUUUAAUGUAUCCAGUUGGGGCAACUUCUGUAUGCUGUGCUGUUUGUAAUGCAGUCACAGCUGUGCCACCUCCUGGCACGGAAAUGGCCCAGUUGGUUUGUGGUGGCUGCCACACUUUACUUAUGUACAUCCGUGGAGCAACAAGUGUACAAUGUUCUUGUUGUCACACUGUCAAUCUAGCCCUGGAAGCAAACCAGGUGGCACACGUCAGUUGUGGCAAUUGCAGGAUGCUAUUGAUGUACCAAUAUGGAGCACGAUCCGUGAAAUGUGCAGUCUGUAAUUUUGUGACAUCAGUUGGGGCCUUGGCAAGCACUACUGAACAGAAGUUCAACAGUUAAAAACUUUGAUACAACAAAGUGGUUUUGGAUAUAUUGUUAUAUAUAUUCCCCAUCAUCAUCAGUGCAUCUUUCAGCAAGCAGAGCAGAGGAUAUUUAUUAUUCCGAUCCUUUUGUAUAGAGUUAUUUUUCCCUUGCGUGACGUCUUUCAUGAAUAAGUAUUUGGCAGGCUGUAAUAUGUAUGAAAACCAUUCUAUGAGAAGACUUUUGGAGUGCUUUUGGAAAUUUCAUGUUUAGAUAAGAUGAACUUCGUUUUCUUUCA